CUCCCCGGGCUUGGCUGGGCCGGGAGCCCCGGGGGCCGUCGCCGCCGAGCGCCCGCCAUGCGCGCCGUCCCGCUGCUCCGGCUGCUGCUGCUGCUGCUGCUGGGGCCGCGGCUCGGGGCAGCUGGCGCCCGGGAGCCGCCGCCGCUGCCCACUGUGGUCCUCGCCAUCCUGGCCCGCAAUGCCGAGCACUCCCUGCCCCACUACCUGGGCGCGCUGGAGCGGUUGGACUACCCCCGGGCCAGGCUGGCCCUCUGGUGCGCCACGGACCACAAUGUGGACAACACCACAGAGAUGCUGCAGGAAUGGCUGGCGGCCAUUGGGGACGACUAUGCAGCUGUGGUCUGGAGGCCCGAGGGGGAGCCCAGACCCUACCCAGAUGAAGAAGGCCCCAAACACUGGACCCGGCAGAGGCACCAGUUUCUGAUGGAGUUGAAGCAGGAAGCUCUGACUUUCGCCAGGACCUGGGGGGCCGACUACAUCCUGUUUGCAGACACAGAUAACAUCCUGACCAACGAACAGACACUGCGGCUGCUGGUGGAGCGCGACCUGCCGCUGGCUGCCCCCAUGCUGGACUCCCAGACCUACUACUCCAACUUCUGGUGUGGGAUCACCCCGCAGGGCUACUACCGCCGCACAGCCGAGUACUUCCCCACCAAGAACCGCCAGCGCCGGGGCUGCUUCCGGGUCCCCAUGGUGCACUCCACCUUCCUGCUGUCCCUGCGGGCCAAGGGGACAGCCCAGCUGGCCUUCUACCCACCACAUCCCAACUACACGUGGCCCUUCGACGACAUUAUUGUCUUCGCCUACGCCUGUCAGGCUGCGGGGAUCCCGGCCCAUGUGUGCAAUGACCACCGCUAUGGGUACAUGAAUGUGGCUGUAAAAUCCCACCAGGGGCUGGAGGACGAGAAGGUCAACUUCAUCCACCUGUUCUUGGAGUCGCUGGUGGAUGGACCCCCCAUGCAGGCUUCAGCUCAUGUUUCUAGGCCCCCAAAGAGGCCCAGUAAGAUGGGGUUCAAUGAGGUCUUUGUCAUCAGCCUGGCCCGCAGGCCAGCCCGCCGGCAGCGCAUGCUGAGCUCGCUCUGGGAGAUGGAGAUCUCCAGCCGGGUGUUGGAUGCUGUGGAUGGACGGAUGCUCAACAGCAGCGUCCUGAGGAACCUGGGCGUGGACCUGCUCCCCGGCUACCAGGACCCCUACUCUGGCCGCACGCUGACCAAGGGCGAGGUGGGCUGCUUCCUCAGCCACUACUCCAUAUGGGAGGAGGUGGCUGCAAGGGGCCUGGCCCGGGUCGUGGUGUUUGAGGAUGACGUGCGCUUUGAGAGCAACUUCAAGCGGAGGCUGGAGCAACUGAUGGAGGAGGUGGAGGCACAGGAGCUUGCGUGGGACCUGAUCUAUCUAGGCCGGAAGCAGGUGAACCCUGAGGAGGAGCUGGCCGUGGAGGGGCUGCCGGGUUUGGUGGUGGCCGGGUACUCGUACUGGACACUGGCGUAUGCCCUGAGCCUGGCCGGGGCCCGCAAGCUGCUGGCCUCACAGCCCCUGCGCCGCAUGCUGCCUGUGGACGAGUUCCUGCCCAUCAUGUUUGACCAGCACCCCAACGAGCAGUACAAGGCACACUUCUGGCCACGAGACCUGCGGGCAUUCUCAGCCCGGCCCCUGCUUGCCACCCCCACCCACUACGCAGGGGACGAUGAAUGGCUCAGUGAUACCGAGACUUCCUCUCCAUGGGACGAUGACAGCGGCCGCCUGGUCAGCUGGAGUGGCUCCCAGAAGACCCUGCGGAGCCCCGGCCCAGGCCUGGCUGGCAGCAGCGGGCACAGCCUCCGCUCCCACCCCCCGGAUGAACUCUAGGUCAGCGGCGCAUAUAGGAGUCAGCCUUACCCGUGGGAGCCAGAGACUCCUCAACCCUGAGACAUCAGGCUGCUCCCCUGGGCCUGGCCGCUCUGCCCUGGGGACUCUUCUGGCAUCAGGAGCAACCACUCAGAGACAGAUCUCAUUUCUCCAAGGUCACACAGCACAAUGGCAAGGGACUUGGGGUUCCUGGAGUUUGACUGGCUGAUUCUGGGGGCCUGGGGAACAGGAAGCAGGUGGCUGUCCAGGCUGGCAGAACCCAGGAGCCCUGGCCUUCCCUGGGGACUCAGCCCCUGGGAGGUGGUCCUUUUUCCUUCUACCUCCGCCUCGGCUCCCUCCCCAACUGCGUCACACAGGGCUCGCCAGUACCUGCUUCCCAGGGAAGGGGCAGGUGGGCCUUUGUGGAUCUGGUGCCCAGCACACAGUAGGCCUUUAAUAAAAGCCCACUGUAUUUGCACUUUA